UUUAAACGGUUACAUAUUAGAAAGGUUAUGCCUGUACCGCAUGGUUUGUUGCCGUUUAGGAGAUAUGAUAUUAAAUUAUUCUUAAUAGGGCUGUAAAUUAGUUACAGUUAGUUUAAUUAAUUAAUAAACAUGAAGUUGCUCGUUGACGGGCUCCCGGUGUACUUCCCGUACGAGUACAUUUACCCGGAACAAUUCGCGUACAUGUCCGAGCUGAAAAAGGCUCUCGACGCGAAGGGCCAUUGUCUUCUCGAGAUGCCUUCGGGUACUGGCAAGACGACAACGCUUUUGUCGCUCAUAGUCGCGUACAUGGUCGAGUACCCGCACGACUUGGCAAAAUUGGUCUACUGUUCACGGACGAUACCGGAGAUCGAAAAAGUGAUCGAGGAGCUUCGAAAAUUGUUCGCCUACUACGAGCAGAACGGGAAAACUCUUUCAUUCCUGGGCGUCGUGCUCAGUUCGAGGAAGAACCUCUGCAUCCACCCCCAGGUCAGUAAAGAGAGAGAAGGGAAGAUCGUGGAUGGAAGGUGCCACAGUCUGACGGCGUCUUACGUUCGGGAGCGUCACGCAGCCGACAGCAACGUACCGGUCUGCUCUUAUUACGAACGAUUCGACGAAUCCGGAAGAGAGUUCACCCUGGCACCGGGCGUUUACAGCUUAGACGAUCUCAAAGAGUACGGAAAGAGGUUCAACUACUGCCCUUACUUCCUGACUAGAGAAGCCGUCAAAUAUGCCAACAUCGUCGUGUACAGCUAUCACUACCUUCUCGAUCCCAAAAUCGCCGAGGCCGUCUCCAAAGAGUUCACAUCUUCUUCCGUCGUCGUCUUCGAUGAAGCGCACAAUAUAGACAACGUUUGCAUAGAUUCGAUGAGUGUCAAGGUCAAUCGAAAGCUCAUAGACAGGAGUUCGGUGAACAUUCAGACACUUGAAAGCACGAUAAGCAAGCUUAAAAUGACAAACACGAAUAAACUACAAGAAGAAUAUAUGAAAUUGGUCAAGGGUUUGAAGGAAGCACACCGGGCCAGAGAGACAGAUGUCAUCUUGAUGAACCCCGUCCUGCCUGAUCAGAUUUUAAACGAGGCCAUACCUGGGAAUAUAAGGACUGCAGAUCAUUUUGUAAGAUUUCUCAAACGGUUUUUGGAAUAUAUUAAAACCCGCUUGAGGGUCCAGCAUGUCGUACAUGAAUCUCCAGCAGCUUUCUUGAAAGACGUUUCCUCAAAAGUUUGUAUAGAAAGAAAACCGCUUCGCUUCUGUGCUGAAAGGCUUGCUUCUCUCUUAAGAACUCUAGAAAUAGCAGAUCAGACUGAUUUCUCACCACUUGUACUUAUCACACAUCUCGCAACUCUUGUUGCUACUUAUACCAAAGGAUUUACUAUUAUAAUCGAACCAUUCGAGGACAAUAAACCUACCGUUUCAAAUCCAAUACUGCACUUCAGUUGCCUCGAUGCUUCAAUUGCUGUCAAACCAAUUUUUGAACGUUUUCAAACAGUAGUUAUCACAUCUGGUACAUUGUCUCCUUUAGAUAUGUACCCUAAAAUUUUAGACUUUCACCCAGUUGUUCUUUCGUCUUUUACGAUGACUUUAACAAGGCCUUGUUUGUUGCCGAUGAUAGUUGCAAAGGGGAGCGAUCAAGUGGCCAUGACCUCUAGGUAUGAAUCAAGAGAAGAUGUAGCCGUGGUGAGAAAUUAUGGUCAGUUACUCGUUGAAGUUUGUACAGUCGUGCCUGAUGGAGUUGUCUGUUUUUUUACUUCUUAUCUUUACCUUGAAUCAGUCGUAGCUAGCUGGUAUGACCAAGGCAUCAUAGACAAUUUACUCAGAAAAAAGCUAUUGUUUAUUGAGACGCAAGAUUCAGCGGAAACAAGCCUGGCGUUAUUUAAUUAUAUUAAAGCUUGCGAAAGUGGAAGAGGUGCUGUGUUACUCUCAGUUGCGAGAGGAAAGGUCUCUGAAGGUGUUGAUUUUGACCACCAUUUAGGAAGGGCCGUGCUCAUGUUCGGUAUACCGUACGUUUAUACACAGUCGAGGAUUUUGAGAGCGAGGCUCGAUUACCUGAGGGAUCAGUUCCAGAUACGAGAGAAUGAUUUUCUCACGUUUGACGCAAUGAGACAUGCUGCCCAAUGUGUAGGGCGGGCCAUCAGAGGCAAAACUGACUACGGUAUUAUGAUAUUUGCGGAUAAACGUUUUGGAAGAAUUGAUAAAAGGAGCAAAUUGCCAAAGUGGAUACAGGAGCACCUUAACGAUUCCUACACGAAUCUUUCAACUGAAGAGGCUAUCCAGAUUUGCAAAAAAUGGCUGCGUCAAAUGGCUCAGCCUUUUAGCCGGGAAGAUCAACUUGGCACGGCAUUAUUAACCUUAGAACAGCUUGAAGCUAAAAAAGACAUUCAAGAAUCUGUAACCCAAAGAUAAAAAGUUUGUAAUUCACUUUGUACAUAGCUUGAAUUUUAUAAUACAUAAUUCUUGUAUUUUUGUAUAUAUGUAUGUUUUGUUAUAUCGAU